GUUUUUUUUGAGCAGACAAUUAGUGAAGACCUGGAGGAUAAACAUUUUGUUUCUUCCUAGCUUUUACUUGCUUCUAGCUCACUUGCAGCUCUCUUCCAAAUCAUAUAUAAACCACUGCAAUUGUCUUUUUUCUUUGAUAUUUUUAGUUUCCUUCUGAUCAUCUCUGGUUUUUUCUGCAUUUCAUCCCAACGGCUGCUUCUUAAUAUUCCUUAUUACUAAUCUACUUCAUUUCGCCCCAGUAUAUCCACAUAUUUACUUUCUCCAACCUUCUUCUGUUUUUACGAAUCUCUUAUCAAUAUGACUCAACAAAAAAUCGACCUCAACUUCAAACCCGCAGCAAAAUUAACUACUGAUGAUUUAAACCCCUUAGCAAUCAAUGCUAAAUACGCUGUUCGUGGUAAAAUCGCUGCCAGAGCUGAAGAAUUAAAAGAAAUCCUUAAAAAAGAUCCAUCAUCUGUUCCCUUCCCAGAAGUUAUUAACUGUAACAUCGGUAACCCACAGCAAUUAGACCAAAAGCCUUUAACUUUCUAUAGAAGUGUUUUAUCUUUAUUACAAUCCCCAAGUUUAUUGAAAAAUGAAAACAUCUCAGAACUUUUCCCUGCUGAUGUCAUCCAAAGAGCCACUGAUUUAAUCUCCAAUAUUGGCUCAAUUGGUGCUUAUUCAAACUCUCAAGGUGUUAAAUACAUCAGAGAAAGAGUAGCUGAUUUCAUCUCCAAAAGAGAUGGUGAACCAUCCUCUCCAAACGAUGUCUUCUUAACCUCUGGUGCCUCUACUGCUGUCAACUACUUAUUGACUGCUUUAUGUGUUGGUAACGACACCGGUUUAUUAAUUCCAAUCCCACAAUACCCUCUUUAUACCGCUACUUUGGCUCUUAAUAACUCUAACCCAAUUCCUUAUUACUUAAAUGAAGAAAACAAUUGGUCAACUGACCCAAUUCAAAUCACUCAAGCCAUUGAAGAAAAUUUGAAAAAGGGCAUCAAAAUCAAUGGUUUAGUCGUCAUUAACCCAGGUAACCCAACUGGUGCCAUCUUAGAAGAAUCUGAUAUCAGAGAUUUAAUUACAAUUGCCGCCAAAUACGGUUUCGUCCUAAUCGCUGAUGAAGUUUACCAAGAAAAUAUCUUCAAUGGUAAAUUCAUCUCAUUUAAAAAAGUCUUGAGAGUCUUACAAAGAGAAAAUCCAGAUGGAAAAUAUGACAACGUUCAAUUAGCUUCCCUACACUCUACUUCAAAGGGUGUUUCUGGUGAAUGUGGCCAAAGAGGUGGUUAUAUGGAAUUGGUUGGUUUCGACCCUGCUGUUGAAGCUGUCAUUCUUAAAUUAGCUUCCAUCUCUUUAUGUUCCUCUGUUUCUGGUCAAAGUUUGGUUGAAUUAAUGUGCAACCCACCAACCCAAGGUGAAUCAUCUUACGAAUUGGAUCACACUGAAAGAUUAAGCAUCCACAAUGGUUUGAAUGAAAGAGCCAUUUCUUUAUGGAAGAGUUUCCAAAAUAUGAAAGGUGUUUCAUGCAUCAAACCACAAGGUGCUAUGUAUUUGUUCCCAAAGAUCACAAUUCCAGAAAAGGCUAUUGCAAAAGCUAUUGAAUUGGGUGAACAACCUGAUGAAUAUUACUGUUCUCAAUUGUUAGAAAACACUGGUAUUUGUGCUGUUCCAGGUUCUGGUUUUGGUCAAAAGAAAGGUACCUACCAUGUUAGAACUACCUUCUUAGCUCCAGGUACCUCAUGGGUUAAGAGAUGGGAAGAUUUCCACAACAAAUUUAUCGAAGAUUUCGCAUAAUUUUAAUUUGGAUAUUUAAUUUAAUGUUAAUAAAUUUAUGGUUAUAUUUUAUUUAUUUUUUUAUUUUUAUUUUUUGUUUCUAUAUAUUUUAUAUACUUUAUUAGAUAAUG